GAGGCGGCGGUCCCUGCGCGGCCCUCAUCCAUCAUCGCUAUGGGAAUUACCACAGCGUUCUUUCUGAACCAAGCCCUGAUCCCGUACUAUCUGAAACCGGUCCACCUGGAGACACGGACUAUAAAACAGUGCAGUUGAGACUGUCGCUGCACCAGAGCCCGGCUCAGCUUCUCUCCUCCAGUAAGCUGAGGAGGAGGAUGAGAAACAUCUAGAGAUGAGAAGUGUUUCUACCGCAGACAACUUGGACAAGGACGUUUGCUCGACCCUCAUCUGUAUUUCCUAAACCAGGACCAUGCCUGCCACGAGUGUGUCCGCAGUGCUCUUGUAUACGGUGCUGGUUGAGAUCUCAGCCUGGGCUCUGACCACAAGCAGCCCAGCUGACCAGCCCCUUCUCUCUCCCCGCCACUAUCAGCACACUGACCCCGAUUCUGGCACCCAGCUGGUCUGCGACAAGUGCCCGGCGGGCACCUACGUGUCCGUCCACUGCUCCCCGGCGGCCGUGAGGGAGUGUAGCCCCUGCCCUGAAGGCACCUUCACGCGGGGCGAGAACGGGGUCCAGCAGUGCCAUCGCUGUCGGGCCCCAUGUCCCGCAGGGUUCAUUGAGAAAGCGCCCUGCACGGCCACCCAGGACCGCCUCUGCACAUGUCCGCCCAACAGCUUCCUGUCAGGGGAUGGUGGCACAGAGUGCAAGCCCUACUCGCUGUGCCCUCCAGGGACCAGGGUGAAAAAGCGGGGCAGUGAAACAGAGGACGUGCUCUGUAAGCCGUGCACCAAGGGGACUUUCUCAGAUGUGGAGUCGAGGGCAGUGAAGUGCCGAACUCACACAGACUGCCAAGCUCAGGGGCUGGUGCUGCUCACACCAGGGACUAGAGAUACAGAUAAUGUCUGUGGACCCCCUUCUACAGUCCCCUCUUCCUCUUCAUCGGUCCCCACAACCACCCUACUGGUGCCUACACAGACUGUGCUUCUACAGGAACCCAUGACAUCUUCAUCCUCUCCAUCAUCAUCACUGACAGGACCUGCACACAAAGGCACCUACAGACAGUCAGCAGCCAUUCAGCUGAGGGGCAACCCAGGCGGGGAAGCCGGCCGUGCAGAGGGGCGACCACUCAGCCGGCCUCACACUCCCAGCCCACCAAAUCAUGAUCCCCCACGGACUCCACCGCUCCCAGCUCGCAAGCAACUGAUGGACCGCGAGCCCCAGCAGGUGCUUCCCAAUUCUGACCCCGUGCCAGGCCCCAGCAAGAGGGCAAUGGAGGGUGUGGAAGGCGCAGAGAUAGUCAGGGUUGGGACGGGUGUCAACAAGGUAGCCGGGCAGGGGAGCGGAGGUAGUGGAGGUGGGGUCUCCAGCUACUACAGGCCGACUCGCAGGGGCUCCCCAAGGCCAAGCACCCAUAAUGACUUUGACAUCAAUGAGCACCUCCCCUGGAUGAUAGUGCUGCUGCUCCUGCUGGUGCUGGUGGUGAUUGUGGUCUGCAGCGUGAAGCGGAGCUCCCGCGUGCUGAAGAAGGGCCCCAUGCAGGACCCCUGUAGCAUCAUGGAGAAGGCAAUUCAGAAGAAACCCGCGCCUCCUGCGCAGGUCAAAGAGAAGUGGAUCUACUACUCCAAUGGACAGGGGGUGGAUAUCCUGAAGCUGGUGGCCGCUCAGGUGGGCACCCAGUGGAUAGACAUCUAUCAGUCGCUGGCCAAUGCCACGGAGAGGGAGGUGGCCGCCUUCUCCAAUGGGUACUCGUCGGAUCACGAGCGGGCGUACGCCGCGCUGCAGCACUGGACCAUCCGGGACAGCGACGCCAACCUGGCCAAGCUGAUCAACGCCCUGCACCGGCAGCGCCGCAUCGACGUGGUGGAGAAGAUCCGCUGCGUCAUGGAGGACAACCCACAGUUUGACAUCAACCAGCUGAUGACCUCAGUGAAUGUAAGCCAAAGCCUCAGCCCCAUCCACAAGCCGCUCGAGUCUCCCGGCAGCGUCGGCAGCGGCAGCAACGGUGGCAGCGUGGGCGGGGCCGGCGGCGCGGGCGUGGAACAGUCCCCCGUGGACCGCACCAAAGGCUUCUUCCCCGACGAAUCGGAGCCCCUGCUUCGCUGCGACUCCACCUCCAGCAAAGACUCCGCCCUCAGCAGGAACGGCUCCUUCAUUACCAAAGAGAAGAAAGACACGGUGCUCCGGCAGGUGCGUCUGGACCCGUGCGACCUGCAGCCCAUCUUCGACGACAUGCUGCACAUCCUGAACCCAGAGGAGCUGCACGUCAUCGAGGAGAUCCCGGCUGCCGAGGACAAGCUGGACCGUCUGUUUGAGAUCGCGGGGGUGAAGAGUCAGGAGGCCAGCCAGACGCUGCUGGACUCGGUCUACAGCCACCUCCCUGACCUGUUAUAGUGGAGCAAGGAGGGAAAAAAACACGUGGGCGGGAAUUGGCAGAGGAAUGUAAAGGAUUGUGUCAGCGGGAGGGACGAACCAGAAAAACGAAACUCGGGUUGAUGUCUGAUUUGACGGAGUGUGGCUCGUGAUGUCACGUGAUUGAGGCUGGGUGUUGUAGAUAAUGUCCCUCCAGUGACUCUUUCAAAUCUUUACUGCUACUACUCUUUACCCUCCAAUCUCAACUCUGUUGUCUUGUGUGUGCACACUAUUACUCCCUCAAAACACCUCCAUCCUCUGCCAAGAAACAGGGUCAACGCUCAAUGUGACUGAAGUAUUCUGAGUGUUUUUUCACUUUUCUUAAGUACGGUCAGACUUGUGUAAGGUGGCAUUACAUGAGCACUGUGACCUAAACAAUGAGGGUUAAGAGCCUUCAAACAAAACAACAAAGAAAAAAAUAGCUGGUUUGAAGAAAAGCAACAUGAAAAAACCUAAAAAGCACUUUCUUUAUCUUAAAUGACCAAUGCCUUCACCCUUAAAGGAUAGUACUGUUUCUCUUUUGUUUUUUUUUUGUUUUUUUGCUGGUUGUGCCAAUCAUCUAGGCUUUCUUUGCCUUUAUCAUGUCAGUGUUGAGGUUGUUGCUAAAUGGUUGUAAGAAAGGAAACUACACACAGACAAUAGUCAAUAAGCUAUAACUCUAAAUGACACUGGUAUUAUUCAUGUGGUUUUAAGGGGUUUAUCAUUAUCAUCAUGAUGACUCAUCAUCAUGAUGUAAACCACAUUCACAGAUAUUUUGCCCAGGUGUGACUUGGGGUCAGGUCAUGUGCCUGAGCUUGUUACGUGCCCCUUUUCCACCCAUGAUUCCUAUUUUUUUUACAUUUUUUCCCCCUUCCAUCCCUUCUAGUACCUGGAGCAGAUUAUCUGUUGCAUUGACGUUUGUAACCACUCUGCCAGACCAGCAGGGGGCAGUGUUAGAUGAGGCAACUGGCCUGCUGCUCUGGAACAAAAGCCAUAUAUCACAAAUACUGGAUUAAAUGUCCAAAUAAUCCACAAUUAGGAGUAAUACAAACUUAUCCAACGUGAUGAUAUAUGGCUUUGUUUUUGAACCGUUUGCUUUUGGACAGCGGCUCCAAAGCUAACAACGAACCGGACAGGAAGGGUGCAGCGCUUGCCUCCCCUGCCUGCUUCUCUGGAACCAAAGCCAUAUAUUUCAAACAGCUGACAGACUUGUUGGACUCAUGGAUAGUACGAAAUAAAUACGCACAUUCAGAUCUCUGCUAGCUAGCCCCGUUCGCCUCUACAGAUGUAGCGUUGAUAAAGUGUUCUUGACACAUUUUGGAGCUCCAUGUCGGUGCGGUGGGUGUUUCAGUGCUCUAGUCAAAAUAAUAGACUAAGUGAUUUUUUUCAUGCAGUGGUAUAUUGCUACAUGCUCUAUGUAGUUGAUAUUAAAAUGUAAUAAUGAUGCACUAAUUCUAUUUUCUAUUGGAGAGGCAGACAUGUAUUUUCUGCAUCCUUCGUUUUCUUUUAUCCUGAAUUUCUGUUAACUAACAUUUGAUUUAGCUGUAAUGUUUUCUACUUUUAGUUUGAUUUCUCAUGUUAUCGUAGCGCCUCUUUGUUAGCAUUACGGCUUCUGUGUAUCUCACGUUUUCAUGGGCAUUCACGUGUAUUUCCCCCCCGCUUGGCGUGACGAGAUGACCUGGCUGGGAUGUAAGAUAUGCAUACUCCAUACUCUACUUGAAGUCUGUCUGCUUGUGUUACUUGAUUUCAGUGAGGAAGAAAUGAUGUACUCUUUCGGUUCCUUCCAAGUUCAGUGUUCUUAAAAUGAUAAUAAAACUGAAAAGCACCACCAAAAAGUCAUCCACCGUUGAAGAUACCCGAGAGCGGCAUACGAUGGACUCCAGCGGUGCUAGACGUGAACUCUCACCAGUUGGCCUGACAGAGGGGCUUUUAGACCCCAGACUAAUCACUAUUUAAAGUAUUCCAGACUGAGAGGAGAAAACAGUGAAGGCUGAGCUGCCGUGGCCUGUGGGGUGUCGACAGGGAUGAUGACGACGGCGAUGGAGAGAAUGUGUGAGACUGCAGGGCGUGAGCUUUUUAUUUUCUAAGGAAGUCUGAAAGGAUGAAGGCGCGAGUUGUGAAACGCACAUGUGGCUCGAGUGGAUGAUUUCAUCAAAUUUCACGCGUGUAACCAGUAUGUUUACUACUAUGUAACCUCUUAAAAUCAACCAAUUAAAGCUCAAAACAUUUGUCAUAA